GGUGAGUUUGGUCCAAGAGGACCUGAUUCACCCGAACCGAACUCCAAGUCAUAACUGUGCAACAUUGUGACCCACCGGGGCUAUAUUACGCAGCACAAGACGAGACGAUGGGGUGAAUCAGGAUUUCUAGAAGGCGGUUCUGAAAUUAAUUAUUAACCCUAGCUACCUACCAAACCUGACCAUAAUUUGAGUUCCACUCUCGUAAUGGCCGGUGGACGCCGUAAACCGACGCCUUCUCCUAAAAAGACACGUGGACAAAAUAUGCCAGAGGUGAAGGCAGACGCAGUUGUUGUCUCGGACGAAUCGUCUUCUGAAUCUGAGGUUAAAAAGUUACGUGAACGAUGGGAACUGGCCUGUGUUCUCAAUUUUUUGAACGUUUUUGAGCUAGUUAUUGCAAGCGGCUUGAAGUUAACUGCUGAAGAGAUUGAGAUGGGACUUAUUGAGCCUAAUAGUUCUAAUGCUCAGCUUCAUAUUGUCCUGUUAAAGGGGAUACCACCUGUGAGUAAACUAUUAAAUGGUUCUGAUGCAUGGGUGUCUGUACUUCAUAAGAAACUUGCUAUGUGGUGGCCAUGGGUUGCUGAAGGGGAGAUUCCAUUAACUGCAGCUAAAGGAGAGGAAAUAUCUCGAUACAAAGCAUUAGAACCAACAUGUCGGUUACUAAUUUUAAAAGCACUUUGUGAAAUUCGAGCUGAUCAAGAUGAUGUUCUGUCUUACAUUAACAAUGCCUUAAAAGAAGGAACUCAAGUUUCUAGUUUCCGCAAAGAUAAGAUUGGAAAAGAUGUAAAUGGAACUUCAUACUGGUAUGAUGGAAGUACAACUAUUGGUUAUAGAUUGUACAAGGAGGUAAACAAAAUUGGGUCAAAAACCAAAUGUAAAGGAAAAGCGUGUUUAACUCUACCAGCUACCUGUACACAAUGGGAAACACUCGCUACUAAUUUUGAGGAAUUUUGUGAAGUUGUGGAUGAACUGUCAUCUAGCAAAGUUGUGGCAGAAGUUGCCAUUGGCAAGAGAAUUGCUGUUGAUGUUAUUCCUGUUGUUGAAAAGUUUCAUAAGAAGAAAGAAAGGUCAUUGAAACGGAAACAAAGACAGGAGAUGCUCCUGCUGAAUGGCUUUAGAAAUUCUUUUGCAGUUGGGAUGACUCGUUCCUGUAGGAGUCGUAGGCCUAUCAGUUAUACAUUUGAUGAUUAUGAUCGAGCCAUUGAUGAGGCUAUAGAGUUAACAAAGAAAAGUACAACUAAUAAAGAGCAAAGGCAUGGAAAGAGUGCAUUGAAUGACAGCACAGUGGAAACAAAGAUGGAAGACAGUUAUGAUAAUGGUGACUCCGCAGGUAUUGAUACUGAAAGUGAUAGACUUCAGGAAGCUGGCGAUGGUGAUGAUGUUUAUGAUAAUAAAAAGGACAGUGAUAAUGGCAAUGGUAGUGACUCAAGCAAUUCUGAUGAUCAAAGAAAUCUUGGCAAAACGAUCUAUGGAGCAACCUCGGUCCAGAAACCUGUAGGAUCAUGCUGGAGUGAGAGAUUAGCCCGAGAUUCUAACCAUCCUGCCAUGGAAACCAGAAACUUGAGUACAAAAAGUAGAUUGAGGCAAAGACCAACAAGGAACUCUGCCCUUGACUCUAUUGCAUUAGAUUCAGAUGAUGAUGAGUCAUCGGAGGAAACUAACAGUAAGCUUUCAGAACAUGAAAACUUGUCCAUGGUUGCUGAUUCGGAAGAGGUAAGCGACAGCUAAAAGCUUCAUAUGAACCUGUCGAUAUUUGCUGAUAGAAGUUGAUGCAAACUAUCUAAAUAGUUGUUUUUCUUCUCUUCUCAUAAGAGUAAGGAAAUUUUGAUAACAAGUUUGUAGAAAAUGACAGGAAAAUGUGUUCUAAAUAUUAUCUUUUGGAGUACCAAGUUUUGUUUCCAGGAAUUUGGUUUCUGAGAACUUGAGCUUGUUGUAAAGGUUCUGAUUUUAUUCAGCUCAUGGAUAAAUUUUCUUAUUUCA